AAUCUAAAACCCAAAUAAGCCCAAAAUCAUUAGUGAAGAAACCCAUGCAUUCCUCUGUUCGCGGCUUCAAAUUUAUGUGAACUAUUUAGGUAAGUCAUGCCAUUUUGGUUUAUCACUUUCUCGUAAUCUCAUAAAUCAUGACAGCUGUUUAAUUGGUUGUAGCUUGUAACUAAAAUUUGUUGUAACCCAACAAGAAACAAUGUCACAGAAAGUAGGACCUUUCGGUGGUAACAAAGGACAUGCAUUCGACGAUGGUGUCUUUGGUUAUGACGAUGUGAAGAAAGUGAUUCUUGGGGAAGACGAUCACGGCGUGAUUUAUAUGAAAAUCGAAUACGUCAAAGACGGAAAAUUCGAGACACAAGUACACGGAAAAACUACCGAAACUCGCAAAGUGUUUGAACUUAACUAUCCAGACGAAUACAUCACAUCAAUUCAGGGAAGCUAUAGCGAUGUUUCGAAAUAUAAUUCAACUGUUGUGAAGACGCUUAUAUUCAAGACAUCACACGUUUGGUCGGGUGAUGCUAUUGAUGCCAUAGGAGCUCACUUUUUUGCGUCUUCCCCUCCUCUGAAGCAGUUAGAACCUCAAGGUGGAAAUGGAGGAAGUGCUUGGGAUGAUGGCGUUUACGACGGUGUAAAAAAGAUCUUGGUUGGACAAGAUGGUAAUCGCUUAAGCUAUGUUAAGUUUGAGUACGUUAAAGGAAGCACAUCGAUACCACAUUCUCAUGGAAAGAGAAAACAAGAACCGAAAGAGUUUGUGCUGGAUUAUCCAAAUGAACAUAUUGUAUCAGUGGAAGGAACUUCUGAUGGUUUUGUCACAUCGAUAACCUUCAAGACAUCAAAGGGGAAAACUUCUACUUUUGGAAACUUAAUUGGUACGAAAUUCGUCUUUGAGGAAAAAGAUUUCGUGCUUGUAGGAUUCCGUGGACGAUCCAAUGAUCUCAUUGAUGCUCUCGGAGCACAUUUUGGUCCGGCACCACCUAUUGUUCCGGUGCCAGUUCCGGCUAAGAAAUUGGAAGCAAAAGGUGGAAAUGGAGGAGCCGCAUGGGAUGAUGGUUUCUAUGAAGAUGUGAGGAAGAUAUAUAUAGGACAAGGUGACUCUGGUGUGUCCUUUGUCAAGUUUGAGUAUGUUAAUGGCAAGGAGCUUGUAGCUGGAGUUGGUCAUGGGAAGAUGUCAAUUCUUGGAACAGAGGAGUUUGUGCUAGAUUUUCCAAAUGAAUACAUCGUUUCGGUGGAGGGAUGUUACGAUAAUGUCUAUGGAAUUGAAGCCGAGUUGGUAACGAUGCUUAGAUUCAAGACAAACAAACGUACAUCUCCACCGUUUGGGCUCGAUGCAGGCACACCGUUUACGUUGGAGAUGAAAGACCAUAAGAUCGUUGGAUUCCAUGGCAAAGCUGGAGAUUUUGUUCAUAAAGCUGGUGUCUACGUCUCGCCAAUCUUCAAGUCUUAAACCUUUGAGAGCUCUCAGUAGUCUCCUUAAAAUAAAAUGAAAAAGCCCUAAAUGCUUGUUGCUCCUCUACUUCUAGCUACUCUCUUUAAACUAUGUGUUGUGUGUUCUCAUGUCGUUAGUUUGUUCUGUCUUGUGAUGAAGUGGUCUGUCUCUUUGAAUAAAGAAUUAUCGUUUGU